AUCCUUCCCCACCAGCCGCUGUUUAUAAUCCGAUACUGCGGGCUUUUAUCAUGUCGUAUGAUUGACAAUCUAACUCCUCGCGCGCAUGACUCAGCUAGACUACCCAUCUAUGAAUGGGUUGGAGCUCCGGCGAGGCCGACCGACGUCCGAUAAUGUCGCCGGCAGAGUCUCGAAAAGGAAAAGGAAAGGAAUGGGCGCCGCAGAAGAAGAGGAAGAAUUAGUGGUGUCAUUAUCGUUGACGAUGGGUGAGAAGGGAGUCACGUGCAGGUCACAUGGGUUAGUAUCGUUGAUCGGACGUAGGAAGGAAAUGGAGGACGCGGCGGCGGCGGAGCUCGGGGUGGUGGUUAGGGGCGGGAAAGAGUACGAUUUUUUCGGAGUGUACGAUGGUCAUGGGGGGUCAGGAGUGGCGCAUGCUUGUCGUGACCGGCUGCACCGGUUACUGGUAGAGCAGUUAGAAGAAGAAGAAGAGGAAAUCAAGUGGGAGAAAGUGAUGAAAGAAAGCUUUAGGAAGAUGGACGAGGAAGUGAACUCGAAAGGGGCGGCGGUGGCGACGAUGGGGUCCACUGCGGUGGUGGCGAUGGUGGGGCCGGAGGAAGUGGUGGUUGCCAAUUGUGGGGAUUCCAGAGCUGUGCUGUCACGGGGUGGAGUCGCGGUACCCUUGUCAAAUGAUCACAAGCCCGACAGAGCAGAUGAGCUGGACAGAAUCGAAAGUUGCGGGGGGAAAGUACUGAACUGGAAUGGGCAUAGAGUGUUGGGAGUUCUUGCUACCUCAAGAUCCAUAGGGGACCAAUACCUUAAACCAUAUGUGAUAGCGGAGCCUGAAGUGAUAGUGAGCAAGAGAGUGGAGACGGAUGAGUUCCUAAUACUAGGCAGUGAUGGCCUGUGGGACGUUAUGUCCAACGAAGCAGCUUGCCAGGUCGUACGAAGAUGUUUGAGCGGUCGAAUGAGGGGACUAUUGGCUCCAAACGGCAGCAUUGUAAUUGUAAGUGAAAAUAAUGUUUUUCAAAAAAAAAAAGUAAGUGAAAAUAAUGAUGUAAUCGCGAAACAAAGCCGGGCGGCUGAGGCGGCUGCGGUGCUGGCAGAAUUGGCAAUCGCCCGGGGAAGUCGCGACAACGUUAGUGUUGUAAUUGUUGAAUUAAGGAAAUCGAAUCGUUAGUCAUGUCUAUAACCAAUGUUCUACUACUUUUUCUCCCCUACUUUCUUUCCAUCAUUAUUAUGCUUUAACAAAUUUUAUUCCGGACUA